UUGUUUUGAUCUUGCUACAAUUGCAAUUUCUCAUUCUAUUACUUAUCGAUUAAAUGGUUGGAGAAUGAGAGACUUUAAUUAAUUAAUAAAAGUCUUGUUUUCUCAUCAUUCUCUGAUAACAGUAUUUUCAUUUGUUACUUACCAAUUUAUGUUGUUAUUUUAUUAGCUAAGUAUUAACUUUUUUCGUGACCUCACUCAAAGAAAGAGUAUCAUUCUAUGAUUAAAAAUAUUGAAUAUUUAUUUUGUGUGACAACUGACAAAAAUCUCCAACUGUAAGUUAGUGUUACUAAAAAAGUUAUGGUUUUACAGCCACCUUCCACUGAAAACGACAAAUGAGGUUCUUAUCCAAGCCUACUGCAUUAUUUCAAAACUAAUAUAUUGAGCUAACUUACAGGUAGCAUUUUAUAAAAGAAAUGAUUCUUAAAUUGGUUACAUUUGAUGCAACUGGAACUCUUCUCCAAUUUAGAGGAACUGUUGGAAGCCAUUAUGCAAAAAUCGCAUCUAAAUACAGUGUUAAUGUACAACCUCGCACGCUGACAAAAAACUUUCCUUUGGUUUUCAAGAGAAUGUUAAUUGAACAUCCAAAUUUUGGAGCUAACAACGGGAUAGGUUGGCAACAUUGGUGGGAACAGUUGGUGUCUAGAGUUAUCAAGGAUUCACUGCCUGGAAGUGUUUUAAUAGAAUCAUCAACUAUUAACAAAAUAUCUUCAGAUUUAAUAGAAAUUUAUUCAACCAAAGAAUGUUGGAAGUUAGCUGACGGAGCAGAGCGGUUGUUGGAAGAACUGAGUGGUAGAAAGUUUCGUUUAGGAGUGAUCUCAAACAGUGACCCAAGACUCGAGACUAUUUUACAAGACCUUAACAUAAAACAUUAUUUUGAUUUUGUGACAGUUUCGUUCUCAGUAAAUUGUGAGAAACCAGACAGUGCUAUUUUCAAAGCUGUGGAAGACAUGAAUGUUGGAAUAAAAAAGUGUGAAAUAUUGCACAUCGGUGACAACCCCAAAUUAGACUUCAUGGGAGCCAGAAAUGUUGGUUGGAACGCACUUCUUGUUGCUAACAACUCCAAAGUAUUGAAUGAUUUUCCAUCGAUUGAAAAGGAUUGGGUUGUUGAUAGUAUUGAUGAAAUAUACCAAGUACUUGAAAACAAAAACAUCAUUUAAUUACUGUUUGAUGAGUAUAUUUGAGAAAACAACUAAAGACAUGAUUGUUUACAUUUGAAGAAGCUUGUCAGCCCUGUCAACUACAGUUAUCCAUCGAUAGUCUGACUUUUUUAAUAUGGUGUACUAAUGUAAGUAGGGCUAAGUUUGACAGCAGUCUUAUUGAUAGAAACAAAACAAGCCUGCAGUGGCAUGAAUCGGUGAAUCCCCAUCCCCUUGUAGGCAUAUAAUAAAUUGAAGUCACUGGCUAAUUACUGACUAGCAAAUAAUUUGUUAGCUACUUUUUUUAACUUCACUGUGUUUUUAUACUGUCCUAAACCUUGAUAGUCAAUACUGCUUGAAGGAAUCAGAUCUUGAUAAUCAGACACCCUCCUCACUCCUUAUCUAUCAGAUUAUCAAAAGGACUUUAAUGUAUUAGACCCUUUAAAAAACUGACUUUGCGAUAGAUUUUUUUGCAACACGGAAUUAAUAAUUCAUCAAAUUUCUCUAAAAAUCUAUGAUAUAUUAUGAACCUUGGAAAAGUAAUACAUCUGUUAGAUUAUGAUUCUGAUUCUGACAAACAAGGACAUGCAAAAGAUUGUUUUAAUUCAAAUUGAAAGGCUUAUUUGAAUCACAGAAACAUACUGUAAAGUGAAAGAGAGAUUUGGUUUUUUACUGUAUCUCAACUUUUACCAUGUUUUCAGCGAAUUUUCAUUUGGGGAAUUAUAAUUAUAGCUGUAAACCACUGUCAUUUUUUCACACUCCUCAGUAGCCCAAAACCAAGUUUGUUUGGUUUUUAUUCUCAAAUUUGUUACUAUUGCGUAGGUACAAUAUUUAUCACUUAGAAAUUCUCAACCUAUAAGAAUUCUCUGAUUUUUACAAAAUCUGGAAUGAAAGUGUAAACAAAAUAGGCCUUUUCCUUCUCAUAUUUGAAGAAAAGAUUUCAAGUAUUUUUUACUAUAGGGCCUAUACAUGUUUACCAAGACAUACAAUUUGGUAUAUGCCAAAAAUAUCAUGCCCAAUGGUAACUGAGUGCUUAUUGUGGUAUACUGUUGUGUUAUCCUUAGUAACAAUAAAAUAGUUGUAACUAGAAACUCAUGUAGUUUUCUAUUCAAGGACGUCUUUGUGAGAUUUGACAAACUUAUUUUUUCAUUACACGUUUACGCUAUAAUUUAACCAACACAACUCUUGUUUUAUCCUUUUCAUGGGCCAUACCUAAGUGAUCAAUGAGCCAAUGUAAUUUAUUUUGGACAUGUAUGUAUUUGGAAAUUUCCUUUUAUUGUGAAUCUGUUUGAAUAAACGCUCGACUAAUUAAUUGUGAUUAAAUUUCUUAGUUUGCAGUUUUUCUGCAAGUUUUUAAAAAUUUUACAUUUUGUUUAAUAUUUUUGUUAUCGUUUUAUUGUUGAAAUAAAAGUUACCAUUUUUAA